AUGUCGAACCCUCUCGAUACCGAUGCUGGCUCUGAGCUCUUCAGCUCAUACGAGGCUGAGUUCAAGCUCAUCCAAGCCGACCUGAACCAAAAGCUGGACCAGAUUCCCGAACUGGCUGGUGAGCCUCGAAAGGCCGCUAUCAGCCAAGCCGAGCGGGCGCUGGAGGAACUUGAUGAGCAGCUCAGCGCAAUGCGCCUGGAAAAGCAAAAUAUUCCUACCAGCUCUCGCACCAAGGUCAAUCAGCGAUUCCGAAACUACGAAUCAGACACAGAUGCCGCUCGUCGCAAGUUGACCACUCUCUCUUCGGAUCGUUCAGCUCUCUUCGGAUCGCGAUACACAGACGACCCCGCUGGCUCAUCAGAUAUUCACAUGGAGCAGCGACAGCAGUUGCUCUCGGGCACCGACCGUCUUGAUCGAAGCACACAGCGAUUGAAGGCCAGCCAGGCCCUCGCCAACGAGACCGAAGCCAUCGGCGCAGGCACCCUAGCAGACCUCAAUAGGCAGCGAGAAACCAUCGAGCACACUCGCGGCAUAAUGCUCGAGAGUGAGGGCUACGUGGACAGGAGCGUCAAGACACUCAGGGGCAUGGCGCGUAGGAUGGCUACAAAUCGGAUAAUCACCAUCUCUAUCAUCACUGUUUUGGUUAUUCUUAUUAUUGCGGUCAUCUUCAGCAAGUUCCGAUGA